AAUAACAAAGAUGGCCGAAGAACAGGAGGUGAUACAGAUAGAGUUGCUGUGCAAGCAACUUUACGAGUCUCAGGACCCGGAGGUGCGGGACCGGGCUGAGAAGGCCGUCGUCGCUUUUCAGGAGUCCCCGGACACCCUUAGCAAAUGCCAGGCGCUCCUGGAGCGCGCGGACUCCGCGUACUCCCAGCUGCUGGCCGCCACGACCCUCGCCAAGCUCAUCAGCAGGUGAGACCGUAACCAGAAGUCCACAACGAGUUUAACGGUGCAGCAGCGGCUGGACAUCCGCAACUAUGCGUUGAACUACCUCGCCACGCGCCCCAAGCUCGCGAACUUCGUUGUUCAGGCGUUGGUGGCGCUGUUCGCGCGCAUCACCAAGCUGGGCUGGUUCGACAUGGUCAAGGAGGAAUUCGUGUUUCACAACGUCAUGGGAGACGUCGGGACCUUCUUACAGGGUCCAGCAGAGAUGUGCACAAUAGGAGUGCAGUUACUAUCGCAGCUGGUUCUAGAGAUGAAUCAAGUGUCGGAAGCUGACGCCAACCGCUCGCUGGCCAAACACAGGAAGAUCGCUUCUUCAUUUAGAGACACACAACUGUUCGAGAUGUUCCGCCUGUCCUGCUCGCUCCUCUCCGGCGCGAGAGGGAAGGCACUAGACCCGCUAGACGCCAGCCAGCACGCUUUGAUAGCGAGUUUACUCCGGCUUGCCCACAACUGUCUCACGUACGAUUUCAUCGGCACGGCCGUCGACGAGUGCUCUGACGAUCUGUGCACCGUUCAGAUCCCGACGUCGUGGCGCGGGUCGUUCCUGGGCGGCGGCACGCUGGAGCUGUUCUUCUCGCUGCAGGCGGCGCUGGGCGGCGGCGGGCUGGCGGGGCUGGCGCUGGCGUGCCUGGUGCAGCUGGCCUCCGUGCGCCGCUCGCUCUUCGGCAACAACGAGCGCGCCAAGUUCCUCAACCGGCUCGCGCACGGCGUGCUCACCAUACUCGAGAACACGCAGGGCCUCUCGGACCCGUCAAACUACCACGAGUUCUGCCGGCUGCUGGCGCGGCUCAAGUCCAACUACCAACUCGGCGAGCUGGUCAUGGUCGACAACUACCCGCGUCUCAUAGAACUCAUAGCCAAGUUCACAGUUCAGAGCUUACAAAUGUGGCAAUUCGCCCCCAACUCGGUGCACUACCUCCUAUCGCUGUGGCAGCGUAUGGUGGCGUCCGUACCCUACGUCAAGGCCACGGAGCCCCAUCUACUGGAGACAUACGCCCCAGGCGUCACCGCCGCGUACAUAGAGUCCAGACUCAACUCUGUGGCGGUCGUCGUCAGGGACGGCCUAGAAGACCCCCUCGACGAGGUCGGCUGCGUACAGCAACAGUUAGAACAGCUGUCGGUGAUCGGGCGCUGCGAGUAUGGCAAGACGUGUCAACUACUGGUCUCGCACUUCGACCGCGCGGCCGCCGCGUACAGCGUCGAAGGGAACGCGCACCAACUCACAGUGCUCAGAGGUCAACUCACCUGGUUGGUGUAUAUGAUCGGCGCUUGCAUCGGCGGCCGCGCGUCCGUCAACAUCUGCGAUGAAAACGACGCCAUGGACGGGGAACUCGUCUGUCGGGUCCUGCAGCUCAUGGACCUCACCGACUCGAGGCUCGCCACAGGCGGCUGCGAGAAACUGGAGCUGGCCAUGAUGUCUUUCUUCGAGCAGUUCAGGAAAAUAUACGUCGGCGACCAGGUGCAGAAAAACAGCAAGGUGUACCGGCGGUUGUCGGAGGUGCUGGGGCUCAACGACGAGAGCCGGUUGCUGAGCGUGCUCAUGAGGAAAAUCAUCACCAACCUGAAGUACUGGGGCGGCUCGGAGCAGAUCAUCGCGAAGACCCUCGGGCUGCUGAGCGACCUCAGCGGCGGGUACUCCUGCGUGCGGAAGCUGGUCAAGCUCGAGGAGGUGCAGUUCAUGCUCACGCAUCACACGGCAGAGCAUUUCCCAUUCCUGGGUAUAACCGGAGUGGGCACCACCGAGAUGCGAUGUCGCACCAUGCUGUACACGGCGCUGGGGCGACUCCUCAUGGUGGAGCUAGGAGAGGACGAGGAGCGCUUCCACGCCUUCAUGAUGCCGCUCACAGCCGCCUUCGAGAGCCUAGUCAGCCUGCUAGGGCCGCCGGAGAGCCCGCUGUUUUCAUCAGAAGACGCCAAAAAGACGCUGAUCGGUCUAGCGCGGGACCUCAGAGGUCUGGCAUUCGCCUUCAACACCAAGACCACAUACAUGAUGCUGUUCGAUUGGAUCUAUCCCAUAUACAUGAAGGUGCUUCUCCGCGGCAUCGAGACCUGGUACUCGGAGCCCGCGCUGACCACUCCGGUCCUCAAGCUGACGGCCGAGUUGGCGCAGAACCGCAACCAGCGCCUGCACUUCGACGUGUCGUCUCCCAACGGGAUCCUGCUCUUUAGAGAGCUCUCUAACAUCAUAUGUGCCUAUGGCAGCCGGAUACUGACGAUAGACGUGAGCAAGAAGCAAAUGUACGCGAUGAAGCUGAAAGGCAUCUCGCUCUGCUUCUGCAUACUCAAGGCCGCGCUGUGUGGGAACUAUGCCAACUUCGGCGUAUUCAGGUUAUACGGCGAUGAAUCGUUGGACAACGCGCUCAACAUGUUUGUCAAGUUACUAUUAAGUAUACCUCAAAGCGAUCUCUUAGAUUAUCCAAAGCUGUCACAAACGUACUACGUGCUCCUGGAGCGGCUAGCACAGGACCACAUGGCGUUCCUGGCGUCCCUGCAGCCCGAGGCCACCCUGUAUGUGCUGUCAUCCAUCUCCGAGGGACUCACAGCAUUAGACACGAGUGUGUGCACGGGAUGCUGCGCGACGCUGGACCACAUAGUCACAUAUCUAUUUAAGCAAUUAGUACAGAAAUCAAGCAACAAAAUCCCUCACGGGCGGCAACCGGAGACGAGUAACAUGUUCAUACAAGUCCUGCAGCAGCGGCCGGAGAUCAUGCAGCAGCUUCUGGCCACGGUCCUAAACGUGAUAAUGUUCGAAGACUGCUGCAACCAGUGGUCCAUGUCGCGGCCGCUCCUCGGCCUCAUCCUCCUCAACGAGGAGCAGUUCAGCCGCAUCCGAGCCGAGAUGAUCGCCCAGCAACCAAGAGACAAGCAACCACAGCUAGCGCAGUGGUUCAGCGGACUCAUGCAGGGGAUCGAACCCAACCUGCUCACCAAGAAUAGGGACAAAUUCACGCAGAACCUGUCGAUGUUCCGGCGAGACAUCAACGAGCUGCUGAAGGGCGCCGUCAGCGGAGCCGCCUGCAACGACAUGAUGACGUCAUAGGUCACUACACACACACACACACACACACACACACACACGCACACACACACACACACACACACACAGGACACUUGUACGCAACUCACACGUGUAAGAGUGCAGUGAGUGAACUAAAGGCGCCUUAGGUGCAAUAGGUCCAAGGUUCAAAUACAAGAUAGGUACUGUCAACCGUGUUGAAUGGGGAUGACUGGAUUGAUAUCACUUAAAAAUAAAAAAAAAUAUACACAAUUAAGACAUUUCGUCGGGUGACAAGCAAAAGUCACUAACUCUUCUUCCUGGCGUUAUCCCGGCAUUUUGCCACGGCUCAUGGGAGCCUGGGAUCCGCUUGACAACUAAUCCCAUGAUUUGACAAAAGCAAAAGCAUGAUUUGAGCAAAAGUCACUAACUAACACCAUUGAAAUUAUUGUACAAUAAACCGUGCUACAAGUGCAAUAAAGUGCAUUGUUACUUUAUUUUUUUGAUAGUAUAUAGUGACUUUUGCUUGUCAACCGACGAUUUAAAAAAUAUACACAAAACUAUAUAAUUCGAUUGAAAAUAAUAGUAUAUUUUGUUUGACACAAUUUGUGUAGGUUAUUAUUAAGAAAUUGACCGUAGUUCUGUAGAAAGCGACCAACUUUAUUUUUGUCAAAGUGACUUACACCCUAACUCAGUGGCUUUGGUCGCUUUCUGCAUUGAUAAAAAAAUUGAGUUGGUUGUUUUCUGCAUAACUACGGUCAAUUGUCAGACAAAUCAAAUUUAAGGUUUUGUCCCUAUUCACCCCGGUUGACAGUCCCAGUUUUCCUAGUUCAUUUUUUUUAGCAUUAGAAAUAAGGUAAACAAUCUUGAUGUGUCUUUUAAUUGAAAACCACAUUUAAAAAAUUAAAAGACGUGUCAAGAUCGCUUACCUUCUUGCAAAUUCUUUCUAAUGCUAAAAAAACGAACUAUACUUACAAAAACGUUUUUAACAUUGCCUCGCAAGGUACAAGUAAUAGGUUUUACUACAGUGAAACAUGAGCAAAUGACGUUUUUUUUUAUAACCAACACAUUGAACUAUUAUUACUAUAGUUCCUUUUUUUAGCAUUAAAAAGAAGAUAAAAAAUCUUGACGUGUCUUUUUAUUAAAAAAAUAUUGAAAAACGCUUUAAAAAAUUAGUUUAUAUUACUUACGAAAGCAAAAGAAUGUAAAAGAUUGUAUAUGAUUUAUAAUUCUAACAUGUUUGCUGUGACUUAUUUUUCAAUGGUGAUUUUUAAUAAAAAGACAUGGCUAAAUCGCUUACCUUCUUUCUAAUGCUAAAAACUCGAACUAUAGUAAUAAUAGCAGGCGUGUCUCACUCCACGAUUCCGUCGCUUUGCUACAGGUAGCUAAAAGUACAUCCGUUCCACCCCAAAUUUGGGGUUUGCCAUAAGCCGCGCGUGGCGCUGUCGCCACCUAGCGGCCAUAUCUGUGCUGAUCGUAACAUACGCGUUUUGUUAGAGAGUGAGUCUUCUGUACCUAGUAAUAUUAUUUAUUCUGUGAUAAUAGUUCAAUAUGUUGUAAAUAAAAAAAUCGCAUUUGCUCAUGUUUCACUGUAUCGUCACUUGCGAGUUGUUUUCCUUGUAUCACAAAUAUCACAAUAAAAUAUUUUCAGUGUAUCGUUAUACUUAAAUCUGUAAAACACCGUAGUAAUAGACCGUACCAUUGUAAUAGACGUUUUAGUACACUCGACAUCAGAUAAAUCGGAGCGGAGCACCUUCGUGCUCAAAUAUAUCUGAACAUGCACUUAAAAAUUUCGAUAGUAGAGGCUUUGUUCAGAUAGUUGUGAAUACGUUGGCCGUGACGAUAUAUCUGAUGGCGUCUGUAUCUGUACACUAAUUGUGUGCUAUGUGCGGGUGGUGUAGAGCAUUUAAAACGGGUCAUUUUCUAUUAGAAUUCCCUUAUAAAGUCACCCGUUUUAAUAGCUUCAUUGAGGAGUGGUUAGAUUUCGUCGUCGUGUCGAAAUGUAAUGGACUUUAUUUUAUAUCGAUGUAUGUAUUUCAUUCGAGUGUUAGUGAGAAGCGAAUUGAUUAUGAUCGUAUUGUGAGCAUUAAUAAAUUUAAAUGGUUUAUGGUCAAUUUACAGAUUUUUAAGCAGAUUUUGACCAAUAGCUGAAUUGAGUACAGUUUUUCUAGCAUGGAAAUCAAAUCAGUUUCAAAUCAAAUGGGGUAAAUUUUAUCCCGUUUUAUGAAAUUACAUCUUAAAUGUAGUUAAAUUUGAAAUGUUGGAAACGGUUAACUGUACGUUUCAAUCAUUUUGUUGCUAAAAAUUCAGGAAUUAAUAUCACUGAUAAAGUUUUUUUUUUAACUAUGAGGUACAUUGUCUACGGUGGUUAUCUUCAUAGUUAAAAAAAACUAGACUAUUCAUGACUUAAGUCUAAUGUUUUAUGUUUUACAAUUAGUAACGGACUUUGGACAAUUUUGUAACAACCUCCUGAAAGUUUUUUCAAAGCUAAGUGCAUGCUAGUGAUCCAAAAGACUCGAGGCUCUUAGCUCUUUUUUUAGGGCUCGCCUCAUCUCUUGACGCCUAAAAUAUUUUACUAAUUAAAUAGGAAUAGGCUUUUAGCCUUUUAGGCGUCAAGAGAUGAGGCGAGCACUAAAAAAGCACAAAAAAAAAAACGGUCACCCAUCCAAGUACUGACCACUCCCGACGUUGCUUAACUUUGGUCAAAAAUCACGUUUGUUGUAUGGGAGCCCCAUUUAAAUCUUUAUUUUAUUCUAUUUUUAGUAUUUGUUGUUAUAGCGGCAACAGAAAUACAUCAUCUGUGAAAAUGUCAACUGUCUAGCUAUCACGGUUCGUGAGAUACAGCCUGGUGACAGACGGACGGACGGACGGACAGCGAAGUCUUAGUAAUAGGGUCCCGUUUUACCCUUUGGGUACGGAACCCUAAAAAAGAGCUAAAAGGCUCGAGUCUUUGGAUACUUUGAGUAAAUAGCAUUUCUUGUCUGAAGUGAACAGGAGAGACCGUUUUUUUUAACUGAGCAUUGUUCGUAGAAGCAAUUUUUAACUUUUCUAUUUUUAUUUAUGUCCACGAAACAGUAUUAUACCAUUACAUGUUUGAAAUAUAAAUAUAUUAAGGCGGUGGCCUAGCGGUAAGAUCGUGCCGCUUUCAAUCCGGUCGGGGGUUCAAACCCCGGCUUGUACCAAUGAAUUUUUCGGGACUUGUGUACGAAAUAUGGUUUGAUAUUUACCAGUUGCUUUUCGGUGAAGGAAUACAUCGUGAGGAAACCGGACUCAUCUUUAUAAGGCCUAGUUUCCCCUCUGGGUUAGGUCAGAUGGCAGUCGAUUUCGUAAAAACUAGUGCCUACGCCAAUUCUUGGGAUUAGUUGUCCAGCGGACGCCAGGCUCGCAUGAGCUGUGGCGUGGCAAAAUGCCGGGAUAACGCGAGGAAGAAGAAAUAUAAAAAUAUAACUUGUUAAUUUCAACACAGUGAUGAUUCGUCUUGAUAUCACUUCAUCUAGCCUCGCUGGAAUGCGUUUUUUUAAGGGGUAUUGGGGUAAAUUCCAAAAUCAUUAAAUUUUAUCAACCAAUCACUCUAAAUUAUAUAGUCUGGCAACCAAAGCGUCUUGGUAAUGGUGCCCCUAUACUGAUAGUUACAUAACUUUAUAUAACAUUGUGUGACGGACUAUCAAUACUAUCACACUGUCCUUGUCACACGAUGUUAAAUAACUGCCAUAAAAUAAUUAUAGGGGCACCAUAAAAUAAUACUUUAAAAUUCUCCUAUUCCGUACUACAUUAUAGAAAAGUUAAAAAUUGCAUCGCAUAAUUGUUUUCCAUCGUAUUUUCUCGGAAACGUUCGUAUUUGUCAUGCUACUUCAGCCGACCUCAGUACUUUUUGUACCGAGACUGACUGAAAUAGCAAGACACGUUCGUAAGUUUCCGUGACGAUGGAAAAUAAUUAUGCACUACAUCAGUAAGGGCUUGUGCACAAAUCACGCGAGGUUCG